UGUAUUCGCCAUUUGCUCGGUUUUCUUGCUUUCCGCCUCGCCCCGUCCAUGAGAUUAGUGAGGUCCUAUAGGUGCCGAAACUUAUCCAUGAAGUUUGAGCUUUUUAGUUACAGAAACUCGAUCUUGUUCUCUAGUUCAGAAAGCAAGUUGCUUAACUUCACUGAAAAUAAUUAACCUCCAAGGCAUCUGUAUGUAUAGGAAAAUCUUGAGGUAUAAGGUUUUCCAGCUCUAAAGAGUGGAGUCUCUGUGAAGUCUUUUAAGGUUAAAGUGGGAUGUCUUUGUGACGCAAAUACUGCAGCGACUUGGGAAGUUUUUGAUGACUCUUUUGGAUCAAAGCCACAGAGAGAAGCCCAGAAAGCUGCAUGCAUUUCCAAAAUCUGCUCAUUUUCUCAACUUGGUUGAGCAUGUGAGAGAAACGAGUUGAACCUUCAGAGCUCCGGAAAACAGUAACACUACUUCGAGCAAACAUGAAGAACAGUUGUCUUCCCAAAUGUGGAUUCAAAAGGGUAAUGGCUUGGUUUCAGAUCUUGUUAGGCUUGCUCGUCAUCUUCGUGAGCUUGCUGAGCCUCUUUAGCUUCUACAAGGCCGGAUUUUUCUUGCGCAAUGAGGACAUAUGCCACCAUUUCUACGGCAUGAGGGAUUUCAACAGCGGUUUUGACCUAAAAGCUCUCUCGGAUAGAGUAGACGAAGUGCUCAAUAAGUUGGACAGUUUGCAAGAGAAGCUCGAGUCCAAGGUGCAACAGAUGGAGAAGAAUAAAGAUGCUUUGGCUAUUUCUAACAUUACAAAGCUGGAGUACAAGAAGUACCUGGAAGAUGAGGUGAUUAGGCCUCUUUACAGUGCUCACAUCGCUCUGAGACAGAUCCGGCUGCCGAAGAGCGAAGGGAUAGGAAAUAGUACUUUUAAGGAGGUGCCGUUGAUCAACACUUUCAUAAUUGAGGAGAUUCGGAAAUACAUAACACCAAAGGAGAACAGAGUAAGGAAGGUCAACAUAUACGGAAGCGAGAGAGUACACAACACGAUCGGUCAUGCUUGUGUGCUAUACAAGACCGAAUUGGAGGAAUAUAUGGACUAUGACAUCGGUUCUUACUGCAAGGAUGACUGGAACAUGGCACAGAAGCUCAUGAUCAGCGGCUGCGAUCCUCCCCGCAGGCGGUGCUUGACCCGGGCCUCGAAGGUCUACCAAAAGCCGUACCCCAUUAAUGAGUCCUUGUGGAGACUGCCCGACCAUAGAAACGUGAGGUGGAGCAAUUACCGGUGCAGGAAUUUUGAAUGCCUAUCUAGCAAGAACCCGCAGCGGGGUUAUUCUAAGUGCACCGGCUGUUUUGAAAUGGAGAAAGAGAAACUGAAAUGGGUCACUAACACCACUCUUACGACGGAUUUUCUUAUUAGUGACAUCUUAGCAAUUAAGCCCGGAGAAAUACGGAUUGGAUUGGUUGGUGUUGGCACAGGAACUUUCGCUGCAAGAAUGAGAGAAAAUAAUGUAACAAUUAUUACGACUGCACUGAAUCUCGGGGCUCCAUUCAAUGAAAUGAUUGCCUUAAGAGGCCUGGUUCCUCUGUACGUGACGCUGAACCAGAGGCUACCCUUUUUUGACAACACUAUGGACUUGAUUCACACAACAGGAUUCUUGGACGGGUGGAUUGAUCUAGUGCUGAUGGACUUCAUAAUGUUUGACUGGGAUCGUGUGUUGAGGCCAGGAGGAUUAUUGUGGAUCGAUCGAUUCUUUUGUAACAGAAAUGAUCUGGAUGACUACAUGUACAUGUUUCUGCAGUUCAGAUACAAGAAACACAAAUGGGCAAUUGCUCCUAAGUCGGACAGUGAGGUGUAUCUUUCUGCAGUAUUGGAGAAACCUCCAAGAGCUAUAUAAAUUACAUCAGUUGGUUAAUUUUCUCUUUGAUGGUUCACAAAAUUUGAUUUGCAAAUCAAGAUGUGCGUGCCCUCUUGUAUUAGCUGUUUGAAUUUGUAAUGUCUGUACUGAUUGUAGCAGGUGAUGCUUUGAAGGGAAAUAUUUAAUUUAGCUGAAUUCUAACUUUCAAGAAAGUCGCAUAAUGAGUGAACGUAGGUUUGUUCUGCUUCUGUUUCUGCCAGC